AUGGCACAGAAGGGGGCGGGUAGGGAAGAGAAGAACGGAAGGUCACAUGGGCGAGGGGAAGAGAAUGGGGAUCAGAGGACUGCACCAAUGAUGGAGGAGGACCGGAGUCACAUGACCGAAAGGAUACUAAACCUCACCCUGGAGAUCAUCUACCUGCUGACCGGAGAGAGGUGGUCUCCUGUGAAGUCUGGUGAUCAUGUGACCAUCACAGUGCCUCCAUGUGACUCCCUAAAACCCGAGAGACCCAACAUGGAGAAGGUUCGAGAAGUCACCAAGAAGAUGAUGGAGCUGCUGACAGAAGAGAAUGGAGACCUCGGAGAUGAUACUAUUUUUGUUAAAGAAGAGUAUAAAGAGGAGGAUGAGGAGUACGGGGUGAUGGAGGAGCUUUCUGAAGGACACAAGGACAUGAUGAUGAAGUCACCUAAUAACAGGAACCCACCAGAGAGAUGUCCCCGCCCUCUGUAUUCCCGGGAUCCCACCCAGGAACAUCUCACCGUCCCCCACCAUGAGAGAUGUCCCCAUCUGAUGAAGAUGAAAGUUGAGGGUGAAGUAGAAGAGACGUAUGUGAGGGAUGAUCAGCGAUAUACGGAGGAGGCCGGGAUGAUGAGGACGUCCAUAGAGGAGGACACGCCUACACAGAUCAGCACAGGACACGCCAUGGAGGAACCCUCAAAGGAUCGUCUGACUUUAUCUCCAGGUUGUAAGAUGGAAGAUGAGGACAUCACAGCAGAUUGUGCGGGGGAAGAGACAAUGAGCUCAGCUAUGGAUGGUGGACGUCACAGUGUGGAUAGACCAUGGACUCCCUCUGACUCUGAGGAACCUCGUCCUGUGGGGGAUGGUGCCGGAAUUCAGGGGGAGAAGACAUUUUCCUGCCCUGAGUGUGGAAAAAGUUUUGAAUCUGAAGUAAGGUUUACUGUACAUCAGAGAUCUCACACGGGUGAGAAGAUUCAUUCCUGUUCUGAGUGCGGGAAAAGCUUUCUUCAUAAAUCAAAACUGGACAUACAUUACAGAUCUCACACGGGGGAGAAGCCGUUUUCCUGCCCUGAGUGUGGAAAAGGUUUUACUGAUAAGGGCAAGCUUUCCAGACAUCAGAAAUUGCACAAGGGGGAGAAGCCAUUUGCCUGUUCUGAGUGUGGCAAAUGUUUUUUCCAGAACUCUCAAUUGGUCAGACAUCAGAAAUGUCACACAGGUGAGAAACCUUAUGCCUGUUCCGAGUGUGGGAAAGGUUUUUCACAGAACUCCAAUCUUUCUAGACAUCAGAGAUCUCACACGGGUGAGAAGCUUCAUUUCUGCCAUGAGUGCGGGAAAUAUUUUGUCCAUAAAUCUGUGCUGGUAAGACAUCAAAGAUCUCACACGGGGGAGAAGCCGUAUUCCUGCCCUGAGUGUGGGAAAUGUUUUUCAGCACAGUGUAAUUUUAGAAGACAUCUGAGGUCUCACACGGGUGAAAAGCCGUAUUCCUGUACUGAGUGUGGAAAGUGUUUUUCAGAGAAGAAGAAUCAACUUGUUACCCAUCAGAGAUCUCACACAGGGGAGAAGCUGUAUUCUUGCUCUGAGUGCGGGAAAAGUUUUCUACGGAUAUAUGAACUCGUUACGCAUCAAAGAUCUCACACGGGGGAGAAGCCAUAUUCCUGCUCGGAAUGCGGGAAAAGUUUUUCACAGAAAUGCAGCCUUACUACACAUCAAAGGUUCCACACUGGCGAAAAGCGGUAUUCUUGUUCAGUGUGUGGAAAAUGCUUUUCAUGGAAGUCCAAACUCGUGACUCACUACAGAUCUCACACGGGGGAGAAGCCGUUUUCCUGCCCUGAUUGCGGGAAGUGUUUUUCUCAGAAGUCUUAUCUUUCUCGGCAUCAUAGAUUGCACACGGGAGAGAAGCCGUACGCCUGCCCUGAGUGUGGAAAAAGUUAUACUCGAAAAUCAGAACUUGUUACGCAUCAAAGAUCUCACACAGGGGAGAAGCCUUAUGCCUGCCUCGAGUGCGGGAAAAGUUAUACGCGGAGGUCAGACUUUGUUACUCAUCAGAGAUCUCACACGGGGGAGAAGCCGUAUGCCUGCCCUGUGUGCGGGAAAAGUUUUUCACAGAAGUCCAAUCUUAACACCCAUCUGAGCUACCACAUGGGCGAGAACCGCUAUUCCUGUCUGGAGUGCGGAAAAAGCUUUCUACGGAAAUCAGAGCUUGUCAAGCAUCAAAGAUAUCACACGGGGGAGUUGCUUCAUUCCUGCUCGGAGUGUGGGAAAUGUUUUUUACAGAAGUCUAAUCUGAUCAAACAUCAGAGAACUCACACAACCCUUGAGGUAACUCUCACGGUGGGGAUGCCGCAUUCUUGCCCUGAGUGUGGGAAGGGUUUUUCAUCGAUCUCCAGGCUUGUUAUACAUCAAAGAUCUCACACGGGGGAGAAGCCGUAUUCUUGCUCUGAGUGUGGGAAAUGUUUUGCAAAGAAGUCAGACCUUGUUAUACAUCAAAGAUCUCACACGGGGGAAAAGCCAUUUUCCUGCCCCGAGUGUGGGAAACGUUUUAUAAAGACGUCACAUCUUCGCAGACAUCAGAGGUCUCACACAAGGGAGAAGCGGUAUCCUUGUUCGGAGUGUGAAAAAAACUUUAAACAUAAGUGCAAUCUUAUUGUACAUCAGAGAUUACAUACGGGCGAGAGACCAUAUUCCUGUCCUGAUUGUGGGAAAGGUUUUCCACAUAAGACAGACCUUGUUAUACAUCAAAGAUUUCACACAGGAAACAGGCCAUAUUCUUGCGCUGAGUGUGGGAAAUGUUUUACAGAUAAGUCCAGUCUUACUAGACAUCAGAGACUGCAUACAGGUGAGAAGCCACAUCCCUGUACAGAGUGCGGGAAAUGUUAUUCCCAGAAAUCACAACUUGUUAUACAUCAAAGAAUUCACACGGGGGAGAGGCCCUAUGCCUGCCCCGAGUGUGAAAAAUGCUUUUCACAAAAGUCCUAUCUUACGAAACAUCAGAGAUCUCACACAGGUGAGAAGCCAUAUUCCUGUCCUGAGUGUGGAAAAUGUUUUUCAGAGAAGUCCUAUCUUGCCGUACACCAGCUAUGCCACACGCAGGAAAAGCAAUUUUCCUGCUCUGAAUGCGGGAAAUGUUAUUGUCGUAAAGCAGACCUUGUUAAACAUCAGGGAUCUCACACGGGAGAAGCCGUAUUCCUGCCCCAAGUGCGGGAAGUGGUUUUCACAGAAGUCCAAUCAUAUCAAACAUCCGAGAACCCACAGGAACCUUGA